UCGGGCACUCUUUCCAUCAUCGCAAGGAUGUCAGACGCCAAGCAAAUCGCGGCACAGAAAAGCGCCAAAAUAGCAGCUGGAGCUGUUGUGUGUGUUGAGAGUGAAAUAAGAGGAGAUGUGACCAUUGGUGCUAGAACAGUUGUCCAUCCCAAAGCACGGAUUAUAGCAGAGGCAGGACCUAUUGUGAUUGGAGAGGGUAAUCUAAUAGAGGAGCAGGCGCUCAUCAUUAACAGUUAUCCAGAGAAUAUCAUGCCGGAUACAGAGGGAGUGGAGCCGAAAACGAUGACAAUUGGGACCAAUAAUGUGUUUGAAGUUGGAUGUGUAUCUCAAGCUCUGAAAAUAGGAGACAAUAAUGUGAUUGAAUCUAAAGCUGAUCUGGGGAGAAAUGUGAUCCUGACCAGCGGGUGCAUCAUUGGCGCGUGCUGCCAGGUCAACACAUGCGAAGUCGUGCCUGAGAACACCGUCGUGUACGGCUCAAACUGCAUCAGGCGCGUGCAGAGUGAAAAGCCACAGCCUCAGACUCUGCAGCUGGAUUUCCUUAUGAAGAUUCUGCCCAACUAUCACCACCUGAAGAAGACCGCCAAGGGAGGGAGCACGCCAGUGAGGAACUGAGAUUGAGUAAUACAACCCAAAGCCUCAGCACAAAAACACGUCUCUGUUACACUUUCGUGUUCUUUAAUGUCCCAUAGACCUCAUGCACUGAAAAGACACUCUGCAUUUCUUCUUUUACAUGAAGAAUAAUAUCAAUCUUACACUCUUGAGACAAUGUCUAGUAUGCACUUUCACUUUAAGAUCACUAUUUACACUAAAUGUAAUAUAUUUUCAAACUUUCCUGUGCCAUUUUAUUGAUUUCCCAUUAAAAUUGCACCCACUGAUCACAAAUAUAUUGCAAUAAAUAUAUCAA